AUGCCGAAGCUGCCGUCGCACUCGCGCUCCCUACGCCUGGCGCUGCAGCCAUCGAGAGCGGCAGGCCGCUCGGUCACUUCCUCCCCGCGGAGAAGACUCGCUCAUCCUCGUUAUGGUAUCCUGAAUGAUCCGUGGCUACCUGUACCUUCUACGGUGCCUCUUCCAACAGCUUAUUUCUCACCGACUAGGCUACGCAAAGAUUUGAAUGGGUUAGGCGGAGCUCCUGGGAACAACGAUCACAAGCCGCCAGAUGAGCGGGUCUUGAAGCUUGGAAAGACUCUAAGAACACUAUCUCCUCUUCUCCCAACGAUUCUAUACAAUACCCUCCCACCCGAAAUCCUCGCCCCAAGCGUUAACCUCCACCUCUUCCCAUCAACCCACCCACAUCUCCCCACCGUCAAGGGACGCACAUUAUACCGCGCCGCGCUGUGGACCGUCCCUGUAGCAUGGAGCAGCGUUCCACUCGUGGGAAACGUGAAACUACAAAUCCUGAGCGAGCGCAUCGUGCGUGCGGGAACAAUUCUCGACCCAAAGCACGAGGACCAACAUGACUGCGGCGAUGAGCGGCUGGUCGUACGAUGGAGAACGGAGCCGCGCACGGAUAGCCGGCCAUUCCAUGAUGCGAAAACAUCCCUUGGAGCGCAGAGCGAUAGCCAAAGUUCAUCACAGUCGAGUAAUGCCGGAGCAGGCUUGACGCCUGGACAAAGUCAGCUCUCAUCUUCGAAGAAUGGGACAAAUAGAGGGCUCAGUGUGCUGCUCGGUGGUGAAGAGCCUAUUUUCAAGCUCUCCAAAGAAGGGCAGUUUACGGGGUUAUUCAUCUUCUCGUUUGAUGAGAAGGGUCGCAUUUUGACGCAUACUAUUGAGCAUGCUGAUGAGGCGGAGGGCUGGGAUCGGACCUCUAAGUUUGUCACGUUGACUGACUGGCUUAUUGGGAAGGCUCGUGAAUCUCUGGAUCCAACGCCGGAUCCCGGACUGGCGAUGUCGUGUGAGCACUAUGAGUUGGGCCCCGGUCACGCAGAAUAUCGUCGUCGUCGAUCAUGA